CGACUAGGUUCCGAAGCGGGAAACUAAGGCAAUUUUGUUGAUUGUAUAAUUUUAGUUUGAUUGCGUUAAAUUCAAGUUUAACAAAGAAGUGUCCGUUUUUACUUCAACAUGCCUAGGGACAAGGCUGCUGAACAGUUGAACGAUUUCAAAGAAUCACUGAAGGAAUUGAAGUUAAACAGAAAGUAUGCACAGGGAAAGAGUGAGGUUUUGACAACAGCUUCAGGAUGCCCCAUAGGUGACAAGUUAAAUUCUAUGACCAUAGGUGAAAGAGGACCUGUGCUUCUUCAAGAUGUGGUCUAUUUGGAAGAAAUGGCACACUUUGAUAGGGAAAGAAUACCAGAGAGAGUUGUUCAUGCUAAAGGAGCUGGUGCUUUUGGAUAUUUUGAAGUAACGCAUGACAUUACAAAAUAUUGCAAAGCUAAAAUCUUUAGUGAAGUAGGAAAAAGAACUCCACUUGCAGUUAGAUUCUCCACAGUUGGUGGAGAAUCUGGUUCUGCUGACACAGUUCGUGAUCCCAGAGGUUUUGCUGUCAAAUUCUAUACUGAAGAAGGAAACUGGGAUCUGGUUGGAAACAACACUCCCAUAUUUUUCAUCAGAGAUGCCUUGUUGUUUCCAAGUUUCAUCCAUACCCAGAAACGAAAUCCUGUUACUCAUUUAAAAGAUGUGGACAUGUUCUGGGACUUCUUGACUCUGCGGCCUGAAUCGACUCACCAGGUGUCUUUCUUGUUUUCGGACAGAGGUAUUCCAGAUGGUUACAGGCACAUGAAUGGUUAUGGUUCUCACACAUUCAAGCUUGUUAAUGCUCAGGGUGAAGCUGUUUACUGUAAAUUCCAUUAUAAGACUGAUCAAGGAAUUAAGAAUGUGCCUGUUGAGAAAGCAAAUGAACUUGCCGGCUCUGAUCCAGACUAUGCUAUUCGGGAUUUGUACAAUGCAAUUGAAGCUGGAGAUUAUCCUUCCUAUACCAUGUAUAUUCAAGUUAUGACAUUCAAACAAGCAGAAACAUGGAAAUUCAACCCAUUUGAUUUAACCAAGAUUUGGCCCCAUAAAGAAUUUCCUUUAAUCAAAGUUGGAAAAAUCGUUCUGAACAGAAAUCCCAAAAAUUACUUUGCAGAUGUUGAGCAACUUGCAUUUUCUCCUGCACAUAUGGUACCUGGAAUUGAACCAAGCCCAGAUAAAAUGCUUCAGGGAAGAUUAUUUGCUUACACAGAUACACACAGGCAUCGAUUAGGUACAAACUUUUUACAAAUUCCUGUCAACUGCCCUUACCGUGCACGCCCAAAGAAUUACCAGAGGGAUGGCCCUCAGUGUGUUGAUGACAAUCAAAAUGGUGCACCAAAUUACUAUCCUAACAGUUUCAGUGGACCUGUUGAUGAUCCUAAACACAAAGAAACAUCUUUCAAAUGCAGUGGUGAUGUUGAUAGGUGGAACAGUGCUGAUGAAGAUAAUUUUACUCAACCUGGAAUAUUUUAUCGAGAUGUAUUGAAUGCUGAGGAAAAGAGUCGUUUAGUGAGCAACAUUGUGAACCACAUUGUUGAUGCUAAGGAUUUCAUUCAAGAAAGGGCAGUGAAGAACUUCAGUCAGGCUGAUCCAGAAUAUGGACAACGAAUUAAAGAAGGCCUUGAAAAAUUAAAGACAGAGCGAGCAAAAAUCUGAAGCAGUUGUAGAAUUUUGGAGUUUCUAUUCACGUGAUAUUUUAUGCUUUAAAGCAGCAUAUUUUCAAAUUAUUUUGAUUUAGAGACUUGAUCGAAUCUUAGUUUAUGUAUGGGCAGAAUGGAUGCUCUAAGGAUAAUCAUUGUAGUAACUCACUUAUAUAAUGUGGACCAUUAUAUUUUUCUUUUGAUAUGAUGUGUAAAUUAUGAUCGUCAAAUAAAAAUAUUUUUCAUAUUCU